AUUACAUACUUCACAAGUACUUUCCGGUCAUUCUUGGUGAACGUGUUAAUAUUUGUUAUGUCCUUUUAAAUAUUUCACAUAUCUUCUGGUAUCCUAAAUAUUGGAAGAUUGAAGUUAUUGAAAAAGAAUUUGGAGGUGAUAAGUUGAGUUCGACAACGAAACGUAUCACAGAACUUUACCCUGAAAAACCUUCUAUAGACAUGGACAUCAUCAUUCAUCCGUUAUCGACCAUAAUUCGCUUCUUGAAAGUUAGAAUUUCGCAGUCCCACACUUCUGUUAAAGGUAGUGGUCUCUUUUGGGACUUUCUAGCUUCAAAUGCUUUGGGAGGAAAACUUAAGAAAGCAAUACAUGAUAAUUACAAGUUUUGGAAAACAGGACAAC